GUCAAUCCCAGAUUUGUUGCCAUUAUCAUAGAAGCGAGUGGGGGAGGAGCGUUCCUUGUGCUCCCUUUGCACAAGCCUCAGCAUUCACUUAUAUUUGCUGCUUAGAGGUGCAGGUGAGCUGUGUUGUCACCGUGACUGGCAGUGGAUGUCUCUUCUGAGUGGUCCUUCACAAGCCAGCAAUUAGACAUGGAUUCCUCGGCCUAUUCACUGCAUGAUGAAUGAGGAUGUGUCAUGGGUAUGAACAAGAAAUGCAUUUUCAUUAGAUCCUCGUGCAAAAUGUUUCUCAGAAACGAUGCGUCCACAUCUUUACCAUAUAAGACUGGUCGAAUCGACAAAUCCUACCCUACAGUAUGUGGCCACACAGGACCAGUGCUUGACAUAGACUGGUGCCCACAUAAUGAUCAGGUCAUUGCCAGUGGCUCAGAGGACUGCACGGUUAUGGUAUGGCAGAUUCCAGAAAAUGGACUUACUCUCUCCCUUACCGAACCAGUGGUGAUUUUAGAAGGCCACUCAAAGAGAGUCGGCAUCGUGGCCUGGCAUCCGACUACCCGCAAUGUACUUCUUAGCGCAGGCUGUGAUAAUGCCAUCAUCAUCUGGAAUGUGGGGACGGGAGAAGCCCUUAUAAACUUGGAUGAUAUGCAUUCAGACAUGAUUUACAAUGUAAGCUGGAACCGGAAUGGCAGUCUGAUCUGUACAGCUUCCAAAGACAAGAAAGUGAGAGUAAUCGAUCCUAGGAAACAAGAGAUUGUUGCUGAAAAGGAGAAAGCACAUGAAGGAGCAAGACCUAUGAGAGCCAUCUUUCUGGCUGAUGGGAAUGUCUUUACCACUGGUUUCAGCCGCAUGAGUGAGCGGCAGCUGGCUCUCUGGAAUCCGAAAAAUAUGCAGGAACCAAUCGCUCUUCAUGAAAUGGACACCAGCAAUGGGGUGUUGCUGCCCUUCUAUGACCCCGACACCAGUAUCAUUUACUUAUGUGGAAAGGGUGACAGCAGUAUCCGCUAUUUUGAGAUCACAGAUGAAUCCCCGUACGUCCACUACCUCAACACAUUCAGCAGCAAGGAGCCUCAGAGAGGGAUGGGCUAUAUGCCCAAGAGGGGACUUGAUGUUAACAAAUGUGAGAUUGCCAGAUUCUUCAAACUUCAUGAGAGAAAGUGUGAGCCUAUUAUCAUGACUGUUCCCAGGAAGUCUGACCUUUUCCAGGAUGACCUGUAUCCUGACACAGCAGGGCCUGAAGCGGCGCUGGAGGCAGAGGAGUGGUUUGAGGGGAGGAAUGCAGAGCCAGUCCUCAUCUCCUUAAAGCAUGGAUACAUUCCCGGCAAAAACAGGGAUCUCAAGGUGGUCAAGAAGAACAUUCUGGAUAGCAAGCCCACUGCAAAUAAGAAGUGUGACCUGAUCAGUGUCCCCAAGAAAACCCCAGACAUGGCCAGCGUGCAAAACGAAGCCAAGUUGGAUGAGAUUUUAAAAGAGAUCAAAUCUAUAAAAGACACAAUCUGCAAUCAAGAUGAGCGCAUUUCCAAGUUAGAACAGCAGAUGGCGAAGAUCGCAGCCUGAAGGUCCACCCCCCCCACCCCCAAAAUGGGAGCAGGAACUUGUGCUUGGUAGCUGGUUGUUGGCGUGGUCCCAGGGAGGGCAAAAGGGAGGCACUGCCAUUCGGAGACAUUCUGUGUCACAUUUGUCAACCAGCGAUAGGCCACAUUCCAGUAAGAACUCAAUUCGUCUCUCAAAUUUGCAGAAACAAAAUGUGAUUUAAAAUAGCUGAGCUUUUUAUCAGAAAGCUUUUUUGAUGUUUUAAGUGUUAUGUGACUUGUUGAACUUUUAAAAGACAAAAGUGCUACUUUUAAAACCCCAGAUAUUCUGAAUUUUAGAAAACCAAUUCUGAUUCAGUGUCGUGCCCAAGUACCUUUUUUUUAUGAACAGGGACCAAUGCCACAUUGCUUUUUAUAUUUCUUUUUUUUAAUGUUGCCAAAACCAAAAGUAGCUUUUUCCCCCCUUGUAUUUUGCUACUUUGCAGUAUUUGUGUGUGGUUUUUUUUUUUCCUUAAUUUGAAAGGGACAGCACUGUGUAUGUUUAUAAACUAAAUGAAGAUAAGAUAUUAUUUUGUAUACACGUUCAUCUGAGAACAAUCAGAGCAGUAGCCACAUGGUGCUGGCUCGUUUGCAGCACAAACCUGGUCACCCUCAUGACUGUACAGAAGGAAGACUUGAAAAAUCACGUGGGUUCGCUUCACCACCCUCUCCUUUCAUGGAGUCUUCUGAUCAAAAAAGCUCCUAUUGUAUUGUUUCCUUUCUUUCCUUUCUCUUUUCUAGAAACUGGGUGGUUGUACCAGAAUGGAAUUUCACUUCUUGGUUAUCCUGUGCUUCAGAUGAUUAUAAUCCAA